GGGAGUUGCCUGCAUGUACUCCGACGUAUUCACCGGCACACUUCAUUGUGCAAACAUGCUUUUAGGUACUUCCUGCCACAGCAACUCUCUCCCGGCCCUGGUGCGGACCCCUACGCUUAUGAUGCAGUCCAGUCUGGAUAUGAAGUCCUUCAUGUCUUUUCCGGUGGACACCUCGUCAGCAGUGGGACUUUUCCCCAACUUCAACACAAUGGACCCUGUGCAGAAGGCUAUAAUAAAUCACACAUUUGGAGUGUCCAUUGCUCCAAAGAGAAAGCAAGUUAUUUCCUGCAACAUCUGCCAGCUUCGCUUUAACUCAGACAGCCAAGCCGAUGCACACUACAAAGGCAGCAAACACGCCAAGAAGCUCAAAGCGCAGGACACCCCAAAAUAUAAAUUCCUGAAAAACAACAGCGUAGCCAGCCAGGACGGAGGAACACAUAUCAUGCCCUCUGCCACCACCACCUCUUCUGCCUCCAUCUCCUCUUCCUCCAGUAUUGCUAUCACUGCCUGCGGCUCUGAACAACCAGAAAAAAGAAGAUCAUUUCCAAAUGGUCUCUGCACACUGGCAUCUUCAAAACCAUUAUUCCCAGCAGCUGGGCUGGCGUUAGUGCCCUCACCUAGCCUGUCUAAGCCUCUGUGUGAGCCUAUGCCUGCCAGUCCAGCCCCAGAGAUGCCAAGACCCACCCUCACCAUGAAAAACAGCAAUAAACCAAGCCCAGCGCCUGAUGCCCCUUCCUCCUGCGAACCUUCGCAUGAAUCAGAGGAGGAGAAGGCCAAGAAACUCCUUUACUGUUCGCUAUGCAAAGUAGCUGUUAACUCCCUGUCCCAGCUAGAGGCUCACAACACAGGUUCCAAGCACAAAACAAUGCUGGAGGCGAGGGAUGGAGCAGGGCCCAUCAAGGCUUAUCCCAGGCCAGGGGCCAAGCUUAAAGUCCAAGCCACCAUCACCAAAGGCUCAGGCUUGCAGAACAAGACGUUUCACUGUGAAAUCUGUGACGUCCACGUCAACUCAGAGAUCCAGCUCAAACAGCACAUUUCCAGCAGAAGACAUAAAGACAGAGUGGCUGGAAAACCCUUGAAGCCUAAAUACAGUCCUUACAGCAAGCAGCAGCGCAGCAGCACCACCACCACCCUGGCAGCUAAACUGGCAUUCCAGAAGGACCUAGUGAAGCCCAUGCCUCAGGCUUUCCUCUCCUCCAUUUCCCUCCACCCGCGACCCAACACCUCCAUCUUUCAGGCAGCCAGCAUCCCUGCCUCUUUCAUGCAAGCAGCUCCGGGCCCCAUCCGGCCCACAGCAGGGUCGAUCCUCUUUGCUCCUUAUUGAGCUUUGACCCACCACACCAUCUGAACACCUGAGCUCAGAAAGAGGUCCAGCUCUUGUCCAAGAGGUCCAGCUCUUGCACAAUGUCCAUUAUAGGGCAUCCUAAUUCACAAGCAGUUGGUGUCAGGUUGUUCCUCAAAGAGCUCUGAGAAGUGUAUUGGAGAUACAUAGCCCCUUCGAUGCUGUUGCCAUCGCAACGUUCACAUUGGGCCAGUUGGGAUUGCCGAUCUUGAAACGAUAACAUGUUUUUCCUAAACCUGCUAAACUUGAGGGGAGUAUCAAGCGGACUACGUCCUGAUUGACUUGAAUCACUGCAGAAGUUUGACUCAAUGUAAAGAGUCAUGUACAUUGUCCAUAUUAGGACAUACUCAGUGUCACUUGGUGUCACUUGGUGAGUAAAAAUUGGUCAGUUCAAAUUUGCGGUAGUGUAGGAGAAGGUGCAGUGUUAUUUCAGAAGAAGGGGGUUAACUGGUCUCCAGUGUUUUUGGUAAGGUGCAGAUAGCUAUGGGGAUGCAGUGUCAUGAUUGGAUUCGAGUCAGUCUUCAGUAAUUUGAGCGAAGUUUUUUCUUUUUUCUUACUUCUGUAUCCUGAACAUCUGUGACCACAGUUCUUUGCUUUCUUUUCCAGCAAAACCUUUUUUUUCCCUUUUCCUUUGAAUUCAUUGUUGUUAUAAAUGAAACAGUCUUUCCAAUGACAAAAAGGAGAAUUGCACAUUCACGGUGACCCGCCUGUUGUCUGGCAGGGGUGACAUAGGCCUUUGAUUUCUAUGUGAUGUCUUUGUUUUUGUCCGGGCACUUUUUUUGUGACCCCUUUAUUGCAAUAAUGUAAAGAGUUUAAGAUACAUCUAUAUACAAUAUUAUGUAAGAUAGACAGAGAGUAAUACAAAACUGAGCUCAGGCACACAUUGCAGUUUGGAAAGUUUUAGAAAUGUAGCUAAUGCGCUUAUAUAAAGCAGCAUUUUGUUUGCAUACAUAGUGUCCAUAGUACUUAAAAUAAAACUGUUAAAUCAUAGGAAUGUUAUAGUUGUAUUGUUGGCUAAAGAUCAACAUUUUAGAACUUCCAACUUUUAAUGAUACAGUGAGAUCCUUUGAUAUGCAAGUUGUUUAAAUAUUUGUAAAUUUCGAGUGAUAUUGUAUAAGGUUAACACUGCUACAACAAUAGCAGGGUUCAACCUGUGGUGUUUCCAUAUAAGGACAGCUUUUGUCUCAGUAGGACUUCAGCUAUCCCAAUAUAUACCCAGUGAAACAGAGUUAGUUGCAAUAGAUGGCAGCAAGUUCCCUUUAGGUCAGUCACUCAGAACAACAACACUAUGGGUUUGCACUCAUUAACUGAACAGUGAUAGCAUCACUCUAAAUAAAAUACCCUUCGACUUUCCUUUCACUUCUUUCCACCCAGCCAGAUGCCUUUAUUGUCCAAAGGACUGGCAAUUGUCCAGUGGUUGAUGGGCAGUUCAUUACCUUAUGUUGUAGAGUGGAUGAGUAUUAUCUGGUCCUUCUCUCUGAACGGAGAAAAUUCAGGAUUUGUGUUAGUAUCCUCCCUCCUGUCCAGCUAACAUCAAAUAGCAGUCUACCUUUUUGUUCAGACUUUCUUCAUGAGCUGAAAUUAAUCUGGGCAUGUCCUGGGUCUGCAAAAAGGAAAUUAUCCAGCCCUAUCAAGUUAUAGGGGAAUGGAACAUGCAGGUCUCAUGAGGUUGGCCCCAGGUGGACAGGAGGUUGGCUUUUUACCUGAUGCACACUGCAAACUAGAGGGUGCACCAGACCCCUUGAUUCCUAAAAAGCAAUGUGUUGAAAGAGAAUAUUCAAAAUUAUUGUCAGCUAUGGUUAAACAUUUCAAGGUUGUGCAGAGUUGUGGUCAAGUGGUAUUGCACAAGCUGGGUUCAUUAGCCAUCUCCACCCGAUUCCUUCAGUCAAAAGAAACAAAUAUAAAUAAUUAGUAGUGACUGUCAACUCUCCUUUGAAAAUAAAAACCGGUUCCAGACCAGGAUAGACAGGUGUUUGAAGACCAGGUGAUGUCCUCCAACAGGUUUUUUGGUUCAACCACUGAUUAAUUUGCUCUCUCCUUCCAAUAGAGAAAGUGUAUGCUCUUCAUCAGAUCUCAGAAUCCCAAGAUGGUUUGGAUGGCAGCUAUUUCUUGGUUUCCGAUGGAGCAUUCUAAAAUUACGUUCCCUCAAAAAGGUAUCUCAGAUUCUACAAAUUCAUGAUGCUUACAGAGGGCUACUAUUAGUCUGUGUCCCCAAUAUUCACAUCAGCUGUUUUAUCGGACACAUACCGUGGUUAUAGGAAGCCACCACCCUUUUUUAAAAUGUUUACCUUUUGAUGACUUACAACCUGAAAUGAAAACGCAUAAAAUCAGAUUUUCAGACAGCAACACAUAAAAUCCAAAUGAAAAUCUAAUUUAAAACAGUAAAAUGCCCUCUUUGGAUAAGUGAACACCCCCACUUUGAAUUGCAAUUGCAAACUUGCUGAGGUAUAACCACAAAAAUAGCUAAUUGGCUUCCAUCUGGGAUCAGUUGUAGUUAUUUUGAUUAGUUCAAAAUAUAAGCAGUUGUUCAGCACUGCUUAGAGGUCUCCACUGUUUAGUAGGGCAAUUCAAAGCAAUUAAUCCACUAUGGGCGGAAAGGCACUUUCAAAAGAACUGAGAUAUAGUUGUGAAAAGUCACAGGUCUACAGAACCCUGAAGUUUUUGAUGCUGCAUCAUUACGUUAUUAUUGUAAUUUUGAGAUUACUAUCUCAUAAUAACCAAAAUAACUUCG